CGUUUGGAAACUUUCGGUCUGCUGAAACCGUAGUCCUUGACAAAAACAAAUCAUUGCCUCCCAUCCCUGCUCUCGCAUCUUUGAACAUGCGGAACUAAAUGCUCAUCGUUAUCGAACGGCCUUUUGCUCCGGAGCACACGACGCCUGCUACUUCCUUUGACGCCGUAUAUUGCGAAUGCGCAUUCUAGCCGAAGCUCGCCAGCCCACCUGCAGCCACUCCCAUUCGCAUCUGCGACCACCUAUGAUACUAGACACCCCGCGACUGAGCUCCAAACGUACUGCGCCCAAGCCGUCAAGCUAAACGCAAGCUAUGGCUGAUUCCGAUUACGACUUUGAGGACGAGGUAUCUGAUGACGAUUACAUCGGCAACAAAGGCAGCGCCUCGAACACACGCGCGCAGUCCACGGCAGCUACCAAGAGGCGAAAGGUAGAGAUACCGGUCAAGGAGGCACCUCAAAGGAAGGCAUGGGAGACGGAGUACUCGCGGACGGUGGAGAAGACGAUACAACCAGCAGAUGAUGGUAGUCUGGGGCAAAGUGUACAAGAGCGAGAAGAGGAGCGCAAGCGCAAGCGGUUACGCAAAGAUACCAAGCCAUUUCAGCGUGGCAUAAUAAGACAUGUCGUACUAGUACUGGAUCUAUCAGAGGCCAUGCUGGAAAAGGACAUGCGCCCCAACCGUUUCAUCACCAUGAUCAACUACACGCAAGACUACAUUCGCGAGUUCUUCGAGCAGAACCCUAUAUCCCAAAUGAGCGUUCUGGGCAUGCACGACGGCGUCUGCAUACGCGUCUCGGAGCUGUCCGGCAACCCGGCUGAGCACGUCGCAGCGAUACAAGGUCUGAGAAGUAAGGAUGAUGGCAAGGAGCCCAAAGGCUCGCCCAGUCUGCAGAAUGCUCUCGAGUUGGCGAGAGCAACACUCUACCAUACGCCCAAUCAUGGCACAAGAGAGGUUAUCGUCGUCUUUGGUAGCUUGUUGAGUCUAGACCCUGGCGAUAUUCACCAGUCUGUCAAGGCGUGUGUGAGGGACCGAAUACGGGUCAGUAUCAUUGGCAUGGGCGCGCGCCUCAAAAUAUGCACCGAGAUUGUCAAGCGAACCAACGCAGGCGACGAAUCCGAAUACACAAUCGCCACAGAUCAAGAGAUGCUCCGGGAACUGCUCCAAGCCACAACGACACCACCUGUCAUCCGACAGCCUCUGCUUACGGACAAGACUGCACCAGUAACGACAACCCAAUCUUCAGAAUCAGCCGCUGCGCUAAUGAUGAUGGGCUUCCCGUCACGGGUAGUAGAAGAUCAGUUGACCAUGUGUGCAUGUCACGGAAACUUGACAAUGGGCGGCUAUACGUGCUCUCGGUGCAGCGCAAAAGUUUGCUCUCUACCCAUCACUUGUCCCUCAUGCCAACUCACGCUCCUCCUCUCCACUCAUCUGGCACGCUCGUAUCACCAUCUCUUUCCCCUCCGCAAUUGGGCCACAGUGUCGUGGUCGCGCGCCCGGGAGAUGGGCAGCAAACAGUGCGUGGGCUGUUUAGCUGCCUUCAGCAACCCGCCGAGCAAUGCCAAAGAGAACGGUGAAGCCAAACGAGACUCGGAAGCAAAAGUCGCAAAAAAGGACGAUGAUGACAGUGAGGAGCAGAAAGCUAGUGAAAGUGGCAGGUAUGAAUGUAGGGCUUGUGAAAGCCACUUUUGCAUUGACUGUGAUAUGUUUGCGCAUAUGGUACUGCAUAACUGCCCAGGAUGUUUGGGAAGGCUAGAUCCUAACGCGGCUGCUACAAGCAAUGGGGAUGUGGAGAUGAGUGGCUGAGGUAGAAUCCACACCCAGCCGUGAAGUUUGCUAGCGACAGCGAUUUAUCAGAGCGGAUAGACCGUAAGGAAAUACCCACGCGCUGAAAGCGCCAAUUGCAAGAUUGGUUCGAGGUUGAAUUUUUGAAUUGUCACAUCACUCUCUCAGUUACAUUCUGUGUGGUUUCCAUGUGGCUAUGCCGUUGUCCUUGACCAAACUACACACUCAGGGUGAAGGUAUAUAGUCCGGAAAAACGUUCAUCCCCAUCAAGCUUGAGCAUGACGCGCAGUCCCG